AUGGAGGAGGAAGCAGGAGAGGAACCCAGGCUGGGCAGGUCGACAGCCCCCAAAGACUUCUGCUUUUAUCACAUGGACCUGUAUGACUCUGAAGACAGAUUGCAGCUCUUCCCAGGAGAAAGCAGCAGAAUCAGGAGGGAAGUAACCCAAGCUGAACUGACCAGUGAGCCGAGAGGGGCAGGGGACAGUAAGAAUCUUCAGAAGGAAGUGGACGAGCUUGUGCAUUUAUACGGGCUUGAAGAUGACCAUGAGUUAGGGGAUGAAUUUGUAGAUGAACACAGACUGGGGACUCUGGGGUAUCCUUCUUAUGGGAUGAGGAGGAGGGACCCAGGCAGGGAGCAGAGAGACUACUGGAGACUUGGUGAUGAGGCAGCUGAGGCCACAGACCUGGGCUACGGAGGGCAGGGCCCUCCUGACCAGUGCCAAGACCUCCGAGAAGCCUACAGGUACACGCAUGGCCGUGCAAGCGAGGAGUAUGAAUGCUAUGUCAUCCCAGAGGAGGAAGAUGAAGAAGAGCCUGCUGAUGUCUUCUGUGUCACUUGCAAAACUCCAGUAAGAACUGUUGAGAAGGAUUUUGAUAUCCACAAGGAGCAUGAAGUAAUCCCAAUCAACAAAGCUCUGGAACACGCCAAGGAUGAAAUUCACAAAAACAUGUGCAAAUUGGAACAGCAGAUUAUUGAGAUGGAAAAUUUCGCUAGCCACCUGGAAGAAGUGUUUAUUACUGUGGAGGAGAAUUUUGGAAGACAGGAACAAAACUUCGAGUGCCAUUACAACGGGAUCUUGGAAACCCUUGCUCAAAAGUACGAAGAAAAAAUUCAAGCUCUGGGGGAGAAAAAGAAAGAGAAGCUGGAAGCCUUAUAUGGACAACUGGUCAGCUGUGGCGAGAACCUCGAUGCCUGCAGAGAGCUGAUGGAGACCAUCGAGGAGAUGUGUCACGAGGAAAAGGUUGAGUUCUUAAAGGAUGCAGUGGCUAUGACUGACAGACUGGGGAAAUUCCUGAAAACCAAAACAGACGUGGAACUCUCUGCACAGCCUGAGUUUGAAGACCAGACCUUGGACUUCUCUGACGUGGAGCAGCUGAUGGACUCCAUCAAUAGCAUUCCAGCUCCCUCUGCUCCAGUGAUAAAUCCCCAGGCACCCAACUCAGCCACCGGCUCUUCAGUCCGUGUGUGCUGGAGCUUAUACUCUGACGACACUGUGGAGAGCUAUCGGCUGUCCUAUAGGCCAGUGCAGGACAGCUCAUCUGGCAAGAACCAAGCAGAGUUCACCAUGACGGUCAAAGAAACAUAUUGCUCGGUGACAAAUCUUGAGGCAAAUACCCAGUAUGAGUUUUGGGUCAUAGCUCAGAACAGGACUGGCCCCAGCCCCUCCAGUGAGCACGCAGUGUAUAUGACAGCCCCCUCUCCCCCCUCUAUAAAAACCGAGGCAAUCAGAAGCUGUGAAGAGGCUGCGCUGAUUUGCUGGGAGUCCGGGAACCUGAAUCCUGUGGACUCCUACACAGUGGAGCUAAUCCAGGCAGAGACAGCAGAGGCGUCGGGGGUAACUGAAUCUGUUGUAGGCAUCCCAACCUGUGAAUCCCUGAUACAGCUGCAGCCUAGACACAGCUACACGAUCUACGUUCGAGCCCUCAAUGUGGGGGGCACCAGUGCCAGAAGUGAGCCUGCUACAGUGCACACCACAGGAAGCUACUUCCAAUUGAACAAGGACACCUGCCAUCCCUGGCUGACCAUUUCUGAAGACGGGUUUACAGUGGUUCGAAGUGAGAAGAAACGUUUCAGAAGGGAGCUGCCACCUAGCAAGAUGCAGUUUACCAGGUGUGUUGCUGUCAUGGGAAAUCUGAUUCCGGUCCGAGGACGCCAUUACUGGGAGGUGGAAGUGGGUGAACAUUUGGACUACACUGUUGGUGUGGCCUGUGAAGAUGUCCCUAAACAGGAAGACCUGGGAGCAAACUGCUUGUCCUGGUGCAUGAGGCAUACAUUUGCCUCCACAAGGCAUCAGUAUGAGUUUCUGCACAACGGGACAACUCCAGACAUCAAGAUCACAGUUGCUCCAAAGAAGAUUGGUGUCCUGCUAGACUAUGAGAACUCCAAGCUGUCCUUUUUCAAUGUGGACAUUGCUCAACACCUAUACACAUUUAGCUGUCAGCUCCACCAAUUUGUGCACCCCUGUUUUUCCUUGGAAAAGUCUGGAUGCCUAAAGAUCUGCAAUGGCAUUUCAAAGCCAAAGCAUGUCACUUUCUUUUAGGCCCUUCUGAUAUCUCCGCUCUUCCUUCUGUCCUGUCCCUCAGCCACCCUCACCUCGCUGGCUGAACUUGGUAUUCAAGAUGCCUACUGCCAGCAGAAGCUAAAGCUCACAGUAGUGUCAGUAGAUGGUGGACUGAACCCAUUUCACCUGAUGUGAUUCAUUCUGUGUGCUGUGCCCCAAAGAUGCUAGGGGAGCCUUUAUCAGGCCAGGCUGUCAAAUGAGGGCUCUUGUGGGGUCGAACUCUUGUAGUGUCGAAUUGCAGUUUGUAGAUAUGUUAAGUAUUUUGAGUCUUCUAAACUUAUAGACCUAGGGAGAGGGUCAGGGAGAUCAUGAUGGCGUCAGCAGCCCCUGUACAUUUGUGACAUUUCACUGUUUACCAAGAACAGACUAGGAAAGGCAAGAAACUCUACAGAAAAAUAAGGAAGUCAGGUGCCCAUCUCAAGGCUAUGGUGGUAGACUGAAUAAGAAUGGUUUCCAUAGGCUUACAUAUUUUAAUGUGUAGUGGAGGGGCUAGGGUGGCUUUGUAGAUCAGAAUAUUCCUCUCCACUACUGCUCCUGGGUGUGAUUGCUGCCACGCUUCAUGCAAUGAUAAUGGACUAAACCUC